UUUUGGUUCGCCUGCUCUUGUAAGAACAACCAAGCGCAGAGCUCUACAAAAUCUACUUUGAUUUUUUCUUCUCUUCUUUUAUAUUAGAAGCUUCUUCACCUGCAACACAAUGGCGAGCGCAUCGAAAAAUCUUCUCAGCAUGCUGCAAGGUGGAAACUCGGCCACCACGGCGCAAGCACCUCCACCGCCUGCUGAUCCUGCCAUUUCUUUCUUUUCCUCGGCUUCGGUGCCCGCACCAAGUGCUGCAUCUGUCAAUGUCGAGCACUCAAUCAGAAAGGCCGGAUCAUCCAAGUCGUCGCCUGCUUCUUCCUCGCCCGACGUUAGCCUGGCAUCACAAGCCGAUGGCUUGAAGAACUUGCUUGCGGCUGGCGGAAGCAAGUCCACAAUCGCCGCCAGCGAGCCUUCGUCUACCGCUACGGCCGCGCCCGUAUCGCGCACGUCGAGCACUUCCUCGGCGCCGAAACCGCGAUUCACCUACGUCAACCCGUUUCACGAGCUCGAAGCGCAGUCCUCGCCCUCGCCCCGAGCUAGCACGCCAACCCCCAAAAAGUCGCCGACUCCCCCAGCCCCUCAGAUUGUCGAUCCCGCCAUCCUAAACAGUGUGGUCUCGAAACCGAAAGAGCCUGCUCCGUUGGAUCCCGCAAUCUUGAGCAGUGCCAUCAAACCUUCGCAGCCACCCACCGUCCCCUCCGCAGCCUCAUCGACGCCAGCAAUCCCGCCUUCUCAGCCUGCGGUUCAGCAGCGUCCUCAAACUACACGAAAAAGCCCCAAGGACUUGCCUGGGUUCCGCCUUCCUCUGGAAUAUGCAAAGUCUGUGAGCAUCGACACGGUAAAAAACUUUAGCCAUAUAACAGAGGAGCUAUGCGAUGGCAUUGCAAACUUUACUCGCGACAUCAGUGCUAGCGACCGUCACCUACUUGCGGUCAACGAUGACUUCAUCGCCUACCCCAUCCAGAACGCGAUCCGCGUGCUCAGCCAAACCGAUGGCUCUUUCUCGAUCCUGACCGGUCAUGAGGAAAACAGAAUUGUCGAUCUUCUUUUCAGCACUUUCCGCACCGAGUCCGGAUCCUCGCUUCUUGUGUCAACUACUGCCAACAACGAGGUGAUUGUCUGGGAGCUUCUUACCAGCAGCUUCAAAGAUACUCGCCGGGAUAGCCAUUACCGCAAGCUUCUGCGCAUCGAGAAGCUGCCUCCAAACUCCGAUCACGUUCCGCGCGCCCGCGUCCAUUGGCCGCCUGUCACGGAAUGUGUCGCGGUGUCGAUGUCGAAGAAGAUCUACGUGUUUCCUCUCAACUCUGACACGUUUCUCGACAUCCGACGCAGCUCGCUCAUUGAUCGCGUCGGGCAAUCUGCGGUAGCUAUUGACACUGAAAAUGGCACGACGGAGUUUGUGUACUCUCCCGAUGGAACAGCUAUUGCGGCUCUAAACAAACUUGGCACGAUCGCAUUGUACGAUCUGUCUACGCUCCCUCCGUUGGGCCAGGGAGCUGAGAAGGCGACGAUUCGAUCGCCGCUCAAGACCUUUAUUCCCCGAGAAGGAAUGCGGUACUGCAGCAUCAACUUUUUGGAUGCGCCCGAGGUCGUCAAAGCCCAGAAGCCGCUACGCUUCCUUCUUUUGGGAUUUAAUCAGAAUCACUCCUUCCAUGUUUAUGAUCUGACAACGGGCAGCAUCGUCGAGGAGCUUCAUCUCCCGCAAUGCGUAGCCGAUCCGUCUGCGCUAAAUCUGGUUUCCAUCGCACCCAGCUCUGGAGUCGUCGUUAUCUCUGAUACCGAGCGCAACGCUAUGUUGUUUUUGCAUUUUGCUUAUGCUGGUAGCGAUGCGGCUGCGUCAAGCUCCAUAGCCUCCGAGGCCGAACUGCUCAAAGGCAGUAUAGCAACCGUGGGUCCCAAUCCUGCGUCUACCGGAUGUGAUUACAUCACUUCCUACGGCUUUAUCAAGGAUCACCGGAUUAUCAGCCUGUCGCUUCUCGAAUCGAUCAGCGAGGACGAGCCUGAUGCGCUGUUUGACCUCUACGUUCUUCACACUGAAGGUGCCACAAUCUUCCCAGUGCUGCCAAAGUACAUCGCCCACAACGAAUGGAAAUCCGCUCCUCUGGCGACGAACGCGCAUGUAUCGGCUCUUCGCCAGCCGGCGCCUGCUACCGUGUCCGGUGAUUCCCCGGGCUCGUCGCUGCCGGCCGCGAAGGGUCUGUCCGAGACCUCCACGAGAUCGAGCACGCCUACUCCUGUGAAGAAGCAGGGUAUCGUACCCUUUGGCGCCAUGAAGGCGAGACAGAAAAGCACCGCCAAGCCGACGCCAGCUGUCCCUGCUACCGCUAAAGCCGAAUCAUCAUCUCCGUCGCCUACACCUGCACCUGCGCCUGCCGCGACACUCGCUGUCGAGGAGCCCUCUAUUGUGAACGACCGCAAGCGCAGCGUCGCAGAGAUUUCGAGCACGCCCAAGUUAAGCGCAUCUGAGCCGUCGCCCGAACCGGCCGAGAAACGCGUCGAGCAGGAGACUGUUGAGAAACCGGAGGUGUCAGCCAAGAAGGAGAGCCCAGAGGAUUCAGCAUCGGAUGAUGAGGUCACUCCUGCUGCUCCUGCUGUACCCGCAAAGGCGGCUCCUCAAGCGCCUGCAUCUGCGCCUGCAGUUAGCGAAGCCGCGACUUCGUCACCUUCAAAGCCGGGCUCUGAUAUCACCGUGCCUACUUCUCCGGGUUUUAACUUCCGCCCCACGACUGCUUCAAACAGAAAGAAGAAAGAGAUCCUGACCCGUGAGAGCGCGAAUGCGCUCGGCCUUCCGGCGCCUAGCGUUGCUCCCGAGGAAGCGAGUGUGGCUGCUCCGGUCGAGACGGCGAAGAAGGCUGAAAAGAAGGAGAAGCCAGCGGCCAAGGAGAAGAUCACGAUCUUGCAGCGCGAGACGCCCAGCAAGGUUCGCUCGCCUACUCCUGCCGCACCUACUCCUGCUGCUUCUGAAUCGGCGGAUGGUGCAGCGGCUGGUCUAUUCAGCGGAGCCGACGUUAAGCUUUUCACUGAAUACCUAUCGAUCACUACCGCGGCCGCGGUCGAGAAGGCACUUGCUUCGCAGCCUCGAGCGGCCCCAGCGUCGUCCAACGAUGCAGCAGCCACGAACGGAUCCACCGCCGCGGCGCUAGCGCAGACGCUGAAGAAGACGGUCGAAACGACGAUCAAGUCCGAGAUGCGCAAGAUGGCGGAGGAGCAGGCCAAGAUCGUGAAGGGGAUCGAGGAUAAGCUUGAUGUUGUGCUUGCGCAGUUGGCGGAGAAGGAUAAGAAGAAUGAGAAGUUGCAGGCUGCGCUGAAACAGCUUAUGUGAGAUUUAUGAUGUAAUUUGAUUGAUUUUGAUUUUUAUUUUGAGUAAUUUGCGUUUUUUCUUUUAUUUCAGCUCUGAGUCGCUUUGGAGAUCUGUUUUUCUGUAUAGAUAGCUGGAGACAUGUAUUUUUGAGCUUAGAUGGUUUGAAAAAAGUCUAUGGACUGUGGACUAUCAUUGAUUUUACAUACAUUAUGUAGGUAGCUACAGCUCAUUCAUCACUGAGCAGAGUGGAAAAAGAUAAUCAGUAUAGAUAGCGUGGCUGUAUCCCUCUAUGCCGAAUACACAUUGAAAUGAAAGAAGUAAGAAAAGAAAGAGAGAAGUACAUAGGACACGGAUCUCUUUAUAUGAUGGAAAAUGA